UUACAACGUCGAUAAUACAGAAACGCGUGUCGUAGUCGUAAUGUCCAUUAAAGCUCGUUGAACGUGUUUUUGUUUAAUUAUCGUUUUACGGGAUAAUAUUACGUGUAAAUAGUGUCGUUAUUAAAACACAUAAAAUUAAUGUAUAAAAUGCAUAUUUAAAUUUUGUUUUUUCAUUUACAAUUAUAAAGCGCAAUAAAAAUGUGGUGUAUACGGUGUUAUGCCUGCAUUCGUAAUGCAAAACAAAUUUACGAUACAAGUACUACUGCUUUACGCUUUUUAUCGCAAAGUAUUAACAUUCCGGACUAUGAUAAAAAAGCAGAAAAUGUAAAUAAUACUACUAGUCCCAAUACAUGUUCCGUAAUGAUUAAAUCUCAACUUGAAGAAAGAGGUUAUAAUGGAAAAACUUAUAACUUAACCAAUGAAAUUACACCUGUGCAGAAUCUACAAGAAAUACAAUCAAACAAUUCUAACUUAAUUCCAGAAAUAAAAAUUGAUACGGAAGAUUUAAAUAUUUCUGAUAAAAAUAUCAAGUUACCUUCAGCUUUGGAUACGUGUACCGAAGAUAUUUCCUAUAUCGGACAAUAUCAACUUCCUAGUUAUAAUAUAGCAAAAUAUGCAAAUACUUCAGAAACUAUCCAAAAGUUAAUGAGCCUUGGUCUGAAAUUGUAUAAACAUGAAACCGACGUAGAUCUGAUGCAAUUUUUGUUAUCUAAAGACUUCAAAAAGGAUCUAUUUCCAUAUAUAAGGUUUUUAAAUGAUUGCGGCGUACCUAGCGACUACCUUGGCGAAUUUCUUAGCAUAAAUCCGUAUAUCUUUAAACAAGAUAUGGACGAUCUAUAUACAAGAAUAAGAUAUUUGAGAUUUCACCAAUUUAAUAUAGAAAUGAUCAAAGUCGUUCUUUGUAAAAAUCCUAGAUGGCUAAAUUAUUCCACGAGGAGUAUAGAUACUAAGCUAGGAUAUUUUCAGGAUAAUUUUCAUCUGAGCGGAGAAGAAGUGAGACAAUUAACGGUAAAAAAUUCCAAAUUAAUAACAUAUAAGAUGAAACAUAUAAUGGAAAAUACAUUUGCUAUAAAAGAGGAAAUGGGUUUUAAUAAGAUUGAAACCAAAAUGUUACUGCUAAGUCAACCUAGGUUAUGGAUGAAAUGUAGAAAAAAUAUAACGGAUACAUUUGACUAUGUGCAUAAUGAGAUGAAAUUAUCUCAUCAAUUUAUUUUGUCUCAAGCAUACGUUUUGUUAUGCAGAAAACGCAGACUGGAGCAGAGGCAUACGUUUUUGGUACAGUUGGGUAGAGCACAGUAUGAUCCAACUAAACCAUUGUAUGUUUCACUCAUCUCUCUGAUCGGUGGCACAGAUAAUGACUUUUGUCAAAAUGUAGCAAAAACAUCUAAUGAUACUUAUGAAUUAUACCUAAAAUCUAUCUAGUAAGUGUCUUAUAACUAAUUGUAAAUAAAAAAAAGUAUUUUUAUCGAUAA